AGUACUAUUACAAAAUAACUGAACAAAAAUAAAAAUAGUCAAACACUUAGGAAACUCUUCGGUUGUUAUGUCAAGGAAGUUUGUGACUGAGGAGUGAGUAUAAGACACUAUUCAGGAAAUAUGCUAAUAGAGGACAGCAGCAUACAUGUGCUUAUUAAAUAAAAUUGUCUCAAUUCUAGAGAGCUUGAAUGCCCCCAACCUGAUGGAAGGGUAAGAUAAGAACUGGGAGGGCUGUCAAAAGUGGUAGAACUGUCAGACUGAGCCUUAAAUCCCUUCAUCUCUUAACAAAGAAGGAAGUUAAAAAAGGCACAUCUUUCUCAUAAGUGGGUCAUUGAUUCCUAAUUGGGUUGUAUGAAUAUCUGGUUGUUACAGGAAGAGCUGCUUGAUCAAUGUUUUAAUCAUGAAACUCACAAGCAGCAGUGUCCUAAAUGUGUUUUAUUGUUAUUUCUUGUCCUUAAAGAUGUUGACCCUUCUUCACCCAUUACGAAAGCUUUGCCAGUGUACUUUUCCAUCCAGAAAAAAGAAAAGCCACUUAAUUCACUGUAGAAAACUAAACUUCUCACCCAUGGGUUUAGAGGAAUAAUCAUAAUAGCAAUAACAACAUGACAGUAGCUUUUGCUAGUUUCAACUUUUAAAACAUGAGGUGAGGGAGAUGAAAAUAGUACACACCCUACAAUGGUCCUUAUCCUCUCCCCUAAAGAAACAGCAAAUGACUAUGUGAUAAAACAGCCCCAAAAGGAAAGCAGAACAGGAGCAACAGAUUGUACAUCAACAAAAUAAAAUGCCAAGCAAAAUAAAGCCCUUUGCAAUGCUGAGACAUGAAAAGGAAAGAUGGGAUUGUUACAAUGACCUCCCCAAGAAAAUAGGAGUUAGCCACGUGAAUGUCCAAGUUCAAAUUGCUCCUACCAACCCAAUUUGCUGGCAAAAUACCACCUCACUUUCAUUUGUGUCAGGGCUUUUCACACUAGCUCCAGGGGACAACCCCUCUGCUGUGCGAGUUCUCACUUCUAGGCUGAGCGCCUCCAUCUCUGAACCUCAGGAUCCAAGACAGGCGGCCCCUGAUUGUCCUCAGCUCAACCACUGUCAGGUCGGGGGGGUACCAAUUUGUGGCCCAAAUGUCAUGUCCCCAGCACUCUAUCUCUGGAAAGUGAAUCUUCAACACUUUCUUUUUGCUGUCAUUUAUGUCUCCAAUGAAUCUGCUUUAAAAUUAUUAUUCCAUCCCAAAUAAUGUGUCCAGGCUUUGCAACCUCACUGCACGUUUGCAUGAGGAUCUGGAUGCUUCCCCAAGUCACUUCUUUCAAAGUUAGCUCUGGAGUGUGAUUCACUGUUAUUUCCCUUCCAGCCGAAGGGCAGCUGAGGUUACAAAGGGAUUGGACUAGUAGUCCAAAAUUCAGUUAAGUUUGCUGAGAACCAAGUGACAGCGGAGAGGGAGAGUUAUGGAGGAGGGGAGUGUGUGAACUGUGGUCCUGGGGAGCAACCCAAGACCUUUCGAAUAACCCCAGCUCAGUGCAGACUGUGGUGGACUGGCAAGGUGGCCCCCAGCCAGACCUUCCAGAAAGGAGCAGCUGCGAAUCGGUCCUGCCAGUGCUCAGCCUCCCCUGUUUUCUCCUUGAGGGCUGGAGCUGCGGAAACUUCUAGGUUUCCUGCACUAAGAGGGUGACUCCUUACCUGACACCUUCAGGUAACUGGCCUCUGGAGUACCCCUCUGAGAGGCUGGCAAAGGGGAGCCCCCCACCUCUUGGCAUGAAGUCCUUAAGGGCUAAACAAGCUACUUGAGAAACUUUGACAAGCACCAAAAGAAAACUGAGAACAAAUAAAUCGGAAGAAGAUAAAAAGCAAAGGCUAAAACCUCAAUGGCUUUUUUUCCCCCCUCUGCUGUCGUUCCAGCUGUAGCCUGGGAUUAAUUAAGUGCUGCGAAGUCAGUGCCUGAGAGAGAAGGGGGGGAAAAAUGCUUUCUCUCUCUAAGGAAGGAGGACAGGAACCGUUCUCACCAGUGAGAAACCUUGGGAAGUGAGUCGCUCUCGUCGUCAGUGUUUGUGGAGGGACUGGAAGGACAGGGGGGCUGUGCCAGGCUGGAGGAGGCUUGCCUUUCCGAAGCUGGAGAGGAUUUUCCGGGGCUUCGCCUUCCCCUGCCUGGGAAGAAUUUCCCCUCUGGUAGCAGCAGCCGCCGCCGCGGCGGCAGCAGCAGCAGCAGCAGCCCGACCUCCUCUUCUGGGGACCAGGGCAGAAUGCCUGUGCUCGAGCGCUAUUUCCACUCGGCAGAGCUGGGCAGAAGGUGGACGGCCCCAGAAGGUGAGCUGCCCGCCCCCCUGGGCAGCCGGCCGGGGUGCCAGCAGGGGCCGCUGCCCUGGGACUUGCCAGAGAUGAUCAGGAUGGUAAAGCUGGUCUGGAAAUCCAAAAGUGAGCUGCAGGCGACCAAACAGAGAGGCAUUCUGGAGAAUGAAGAUGCUCUCCACAGCAUUCCAGGAGAUGUACGACUGAGGGGUCAGACGGGGGUUCCUGCUGAACGCCGCGGCUCCUACCCAUUCAUCGACUUCCGCCUCCUUAACAAUACAACACACUCAGGGGAAAUUGGCACCAAGAAAAAGGUGAAAAGACUGUUAAGCUUUCAGAGAUACUUCCAUGCAUCAAGGCUGCUUCGUGGAAUUAUACCACAAGCCCCUCUUCACCUGUUGGAUGAAGACUACCUUGGACAAGCAAGGCACAUGCUCUCCAAAGUGGGAAUGUGGGACUUUGACAUUUUCUUGUUUGAUCGCUUGACAAAUGGAAACAGCCUGGUAACAUUGCUGUGCCACCUCUUCAACACCCAUGGACUCAUUCACCACUUCAAGUUAGAUAUGGUGACCUUACACAGAUUUUUAGUCAUGGUUCAAGAAGAUUACCACAGCCAAAACCCGUAUCACAAUGCUGUUCAUGCAGCCGAUGUCACCCAGGCCAUGCAUUGCUACCUAAAGGAGCCAAAGCUCGCCAGCUUCCUCACGCCUCUGGAUAUCAUGCUUGGACUGCUGGCUGCAGCAGCCCACGAUGUGGACCACCCAGGGGUGAACCAGCCAUUUCUGAUCAAAACGAACCACCACCUCGCCAACCUAUAUCAGAAUAUGUCUGUGCUGGAGAAUCACCACUGGCGAUCUACAAUCGGCAUGCUUCGAGAAUCAAGGCUUCUGGCUCACUUGCCAAAGGAAAUGACACAGGAUAUUGAACAGCAGCUGGGCUCCUUGAUCUUGGCAACAGACAUCAACAGACAGAAUGAAUUUUUGACCAGAUUGAAAGCUCACCUCCACAAUAAAGACCUAAGACUGGAGGAUGUACACGACAGGCACUUUAUGCUUCAGAUUGCCUUGAAGUGUGCUGACAUUUGCAAUCCUUGUAGAAUCUGGGAGAUGAGCAAACAAUGGAGUGAAAGGGUCUGCGAAGAAUUCUACAGGCAAGGUGAUCUUGAACAGAAAUUUGAACUGGAAAUCAGUCCUCUUUGCAAUCAACAGAAAGAUUCAAUCCCUAGUAUACAAAUUGGUUUCAUGACCUACAUCGUGGAGCCCCUCUUCCGGGAAUGGGCCCACUUCACAGGACACAGUGCCCUGUCUGAGAGCAUGCUAAGCCAUCUCGCGCACAACAAAGCCCAGUGGAAGAGCCUGUUGCCCAAACAGCACAGAAGCAGUGGUGAUGGCAGCCCGGACCACAAAGGCCCAGGGACUGAGGAUGAGGAGCAGACUGUGACGGAAGGCGACACCCCGUAGGGCCUGCCAGGCCUGCACCCCGCUCUGCACACUGAGAUUGACAGCCUCCUUGCGCAGAGGCCUCUGGGAGGGCGGAUGCGUCGGGGGGCUCUUGCGGAUCAAGCCGGCCCCUCUCUGGACAUCAUCCAGGAGCUCUUCAGAGUCCACCCUCCUCCCACUCACCUGCCUCCCUCCUUUUCCCAAGUGUACAGAAGCCAUCCGUCACCUCAGCAUUAGCUGCCGAAAUGAGCAACUCUGUUCCACGAUGAGGGAGCUGAUUCCAGGGACCGGCUUGGCCCUGGAGGAGAAGACUGGGGAGUAAGAAAGAGGUGCUCUUGCCACGGCCCUUCUGGCCCUGGGUCACACUGUGACGGGUGGCAUUCCUGAGUCCAGAGCAUUUUAGCCUUGGCCAUCGGACUGCUGAUCUGCAUGACACAAACACCAGCAUAUUUGGAACUCCGAGGAUAUUGGUCUUAAGUGCAAGAGCACAAACAAGAGAGUGUUAGAGAAAGUACCUUCUAUUUUAAUAAUAAUUAUUAUUAUAAAAUAAUAAUAAAUCUUUUUAACUUUUCUAUUUUGUGCACUAGACAACGGAUCUAAAACUCUGGACAAAGAUUAUUCAACGUGAUAAUCACGUACCCAAACAUGAACAGGGGGUUCAUUGUUUUGUUACGGACUCCAUGCCACUUUGGGUCAGAGAUUUGGCAUCUUCUCAAUUUAAGAAACCACGUUUCCUAUCCUAUGCGAGGGGAAGGGGCUGUACAGUUCAUUCCUUUGCACCAUUAGUCAAUCUGUCUUUUAUCAAUAACUCAGAUUCAGUGACAUGUUUCUUUUCACACCUGUACAUCUUCUGUAAAUAUCAAGCGCUACUGAUUCCCAUGCCAAAAUACAUGAGUAUUAUGGGAUUGCUACCUGUAUAAACAAUGGCACUGUGAACAGAAUACUGUUAGUUUUAAUACAAGAGAAUGCAUUUGUAAAUAUGGUAUAGAGUUUAUUAAUAUACUAUUGUUUGCAGAUAAAGGCCUUAACUUUAAACACCUUUUCAUCUUCUGAAAGCUCCCCAACUGAAAUCCUCACAGAUGUCCUUCUGAACUGCCUGCCCAUGUCCAUCUUGAUGCUUUCCAGCUAAGGUCACAAACCAAAACUGAAUAAAGUCUUUGAGGAAAUAAUCUGGAAACUUCACAUGCAUUCCGCUUGAGACCAUAGUGUCUAAUCUAUGGCACCAAGCAUGGUUUCCUCAGAUGAACAAGACCCUUCAGCAAGCCUGAAGUCACUUUCAGCACAGCGAUGUUGCACUCUGUUUUAACAAGCCAGCUGAUUAGCGUGUGUUUCUACAGCUCCUGUCAUGGUGUGUCAGCCUCACGGGACACAUGGCAGGUCUCACCAACCUUCCAUAACCCUGUCAGCUAACCAUCAGGGACUUCCCUGCUCCCCUAUAACCCCGUCAUCUGUUCUGGCUGUAGUACCAAAGCACGUUUGGUUUAUGGUUGGCUUGAAUUUCUCUGGUGUUAAUAGUAACUGGAUUUUUCUUUUUCUUUCAUUUCAUAUGAACUACCCAACUGUUUAGCAGACAUUAACAUCAUUUAAGGAAAGAAAAUAUUCCCAUUACCUUCCUUGCAGGUUACGGUGGUUAAUUACGACUCUACUAGCAGAGUCACCUUGGUAUUUUGUUGCCAUUUUUUCUGUAGACACUUGGCUGGAAAGUCAAUUUGUUAUAGCAUUCUUCUCUAGUCAGCUAAACUCCACUCACUGAACCUUUUCUUUAGAAGUUCCAGCAUAACUAAUGUUACAUGAAAAUUGGCAAUGCCCCCUUUUUAUCUUCAACUGUGUGGUACUGGGGAGAAUAAUAUGAUUGUUUCUGCUACUAUCAAGCUGUUUCACAAGCUGAUAGAACUUCAGCUAACUCUCAUUUCCUAAGUGCAACUCUUUUUUUCCUCCUAACAUACAAAUGAAAUGUGAGAAACUUGACUGGGUUGUAUUAAGUUCCUGCAGAAAGACCGAGGCUUGCAGAGUUAAGGUUUAGGGUGAAUUGGAAAGUUGGUUGUAGUUUCAUUAAAGUAGGAGAGAUGGUCAGAAGGUCCUAAAGAAAGUGUGAAAACCUCAUGAAAUGGGUGGAUAAUAAGUUGAAAUUAUUGAUAUGGGUAAGAAGGGAAGUUGUGAAAAAUUAACACUAACUCUGGGUUUAUUUUUUGGGUUUGUUUUUUUCUUGUAAUAACUAUGAACUGACACGAUUCUUUAUGGCUUUAAUACUCUGAAGCUCUUAGCUUGGUGAGUCCUCAAAAGAGAACUCAUUGAAUGUAUUUCUGCUUCCAAAUUCGCUUAUUUUGGGUUGGUGAUGCAGAGGACUUUUGAGUAGUCUAUUUCUAAUUUUCAUGAGAUCAAAUCAAAGAAAGCAAUUACUGGGGAAGAUACAGGAAAGGUAAGGAAGAAGACACUGUUUCAGCUAAUGGAGCCUCUCCUUUGAGUUUGGGAAAUGAACCUUGUUUAAACAAUAUUUAUAUCAUAAUUUAAAUAAAUAAGACUGGAGGCAUUUUUCAUAGUUUCAAAUUUAUAGGACACAAGUAUUUUAGGUCUUAAAGAAGAACUCACAGAGAAAACUACCAAAUAUCUAACAGUUAAGCCUAUGAAGCAGCUACUAGUACAAUAAAAAUCUGAAGCAAAAUGAGAUGUGAUGCAUAAACUAGUUACAUUUGUCUUCUUCCUUCAACCAUAUGAGUUCCUAGAUCCAUUUUUUUGUUUUAAAAAAAUGUGAAAACGUUUGUUUUCUUUUUUCCUGCCUACUGGUGGCUGUCUUGCAAUAUUUCAAUAGAAGGAGUCUGAUUACUAGUUAAGACACCGCUGUUGGAUCAUCUGGGGACUUUAUCUUCACAUUUUUUUUUUCCUCUUAGUCCCUGGAUCGUCACUUGCUGACUUCCCAAGUUUAAUUCCUUCAAUGCUUGAGAAGAGAGGAAUCAAAGGGUUCAGGUAAAGUUGAAAUCAAAAGAGAGAAUAGAUAUCACUGCCAGGCCUGAUGGACAAAGCCUGCUUUUCCUUUUGAAAGCACCCGCAAACAGUCAGACCCUUUUUCCUGAAACACUGACCUCCCCAUCGCUCCCUGAUAGGCCGAGUGAACAUCCUGCUCUGUUUCUACCUGUCCAAGGCUUCCCGCAAUGGGACGUGGAUCGUGUCCUGCAACACUGUCACCAGAUAGUGCUUCCUACAAACCACAGACUUGUCUUAUAAACUUUUCUCAUAUUGAAUCAGAUCUGCUCACUGAUUUGAACAUUGGUUAUGAGCUUGUAUCUCACUAUAUUUCUUAUGCUUUGUUCUUAUAUGCAAACCCUUAAAAUUGUGUUGUUUGUGUACACACGUGAAGUUUGGAAAACAAACAAACAAACACCUUGUGAGUUUUUGCUCAAAAUGUGGCCUAAAUAUUCAUUGGCAUGUCUAGGUAAACAAUGAAAAAUAAAGAUAAUUUCUUAAAAAU